UUGCAUAGUGCAGACUUCUGCGCCCAGACUACUGCUGAGAAAUACGAAAAUUUGCGCAUGCUCGUCUUGAGGAUCACCGAUGACACAAAGUCGCCCGCCUCGUUAAUUGCCGUUCUCAAAAUACGACGUUACCGAGCGUGGCUUCAUUACAUACUCCUCUAACAUGGUCACUCCCGAAAGUUCGAGCCAAUCACCACUGCCUAAUAAUGGGCUUUCGCUUCUUGGAUUCGUUCUGUUGGCCCAGAUGUGUUCGUCUGGUCAUUGUACUCAACCGCAUGCUGAUAGAGGUGCACCUAUCUCUGUAUCACUUUCGACCUCGAGGUCAAAUAUUGUCAUCUCUCGCUGUAACAGUAAGUUCUCUCUCAUGUCGAGACGACAUUGCCACUAUGACAGACAAUUGGCGUCUGGACCUGUCGAAUAGGUGCGUGCGUAAAAAACUCUUCGAUCGAGAAUGAAGACGUCGGCUGUGCUUUGUGACUUGGAUUCUAGGAUGACGUUUUUGAAGGAGUCUU